AUGAUCCUAGUUGGGGUCACAAAUUUUGCAGUGACGUUCCAGUGGGGCGACGGCCUGCCUCACCGCAUCCAGGCUGUCAGCCAGCAGGGGCCCCCGGUCUUCUCUGGGCGUGGCAUCGAUACAGUGGAGACGGCGCCAUUCCAGAUCCGGCUCCAGUUUAACGAAACCGGAAAGUACUUUUUCAAUGAUCCCGCCGAUCCCGAAUUGACGGUGGGGAUCAUCACAGUGCAGUCGGCCGUGGACGCUCUCCCCAUCAUCAAUUGGCAGGCCAACACCAACAACACCGACGCCGUGUGGAACUCGACCAAGGGCACCGGGGAUGGGGCGGACCCUGCCCCGACCCCUGGGCCCCCAGGAACUCCGAGUCCAUAUGCCCCGGUGGAAACGCUCGGGAUCCUCUCCGGUAUUCCCGCCAACAGGACUACCGCAUCGCCUGAAGGCCCGGGCCGCUGA